UCGAUCACGAAACAGACCAGCUCUGUAAACCUGGUAAAUGUAAUGCAUGAAUAUGCGGUUCUCUUAGAUCGUGUUAUUUUGUAGCACAACACGGACCCGCCGUUUUAUGGUAGCUCGGUGGAUUGCCGGCGGGAGCUCGAACUUCCAACACUCACCUCUUAAUAAAAUCACACUCGGGCUUCAUAUUAUCCGGGCUUCAUAUUAUCAAACCCACAUACGCCCUUCCAACUCCAACAAUAACUUUACUCCCGAGGAUUAUGACUUGAUGUGACAUUAUCACAAUUUCAUCUUAAUCCAACCCAAACCCCCACAACCACCUUUCACAAUGGGCUUUAUUUCACGAGUCGUCACCUUCUUCGGCCUCAUCCUGCUAGCGCAUGCAGGCUACUCCGCCCACGAACACACCACCCUCUACAGCAACGUCGCACAUUCAUCUACGGUAUCGACCACUAGCCCCCUCGGCGUCCUACCUCUCGACAUUACGAUCGAGGCAUUGCUAUCUGUGGUAGUGGUGUCAAUUGGGCUGGUUUUGGGGACUGAGAAGUUGAAGCCGAUUACGCACAGCGCUUGGGCUGGUCAGAUUGAGCGCGAGGGCGGAGGGAGGAAUCCAUACAGGAAUUUGGAGGAAAGGGCUGGGUUUUGGGACGUUAGAAAAAGUCGGAAGGAAUUUGCGGAUUGGAUGCGCGCGGACGGUCAGAAUGCGGUUAAGAAGUCAUAGGCGAAGGGGUUUGUUGUAUUGAAGUAAAUUUAUUGGGUUGGGGGUAUCAGUAGAUUUAAUUCAUUGGGUCAACUGGUGUAUUGGCAGUUGAAGAGUGCCGACGUUCUAUAUGCAAACUAUGGCAACUCAGUCCAAAUUAUUGGCUCAAGCGACGUUAAUUUGGUUCUAGAUGAAUCAUCACUAGCAAAUUCAGAACGCCUCGAUCUAGACAAUUUCACUGCUGUCAAGUACAUAUUAUUCUGCCUAGUCUUGAGAUUCAAUAUCGAUAUUGCUCUAGUUCUUGGAGGUACGAACAUAAAUUCAUCCGAUUAAUGUUACAGC